AUGACGAUCCUCCUCCACGAUGUUGAGUACAUAUUGCAGAUUCCUAUCGAGGGACGGCUGAUGAGCAUGAGUCAGGAGAGGUUAGACCAGACAGAGUUGAGUUUGUGUAAUCUUCUUGGGAUGAACAAGGCGCAUUUGAAUAGUAGGUCGGAGGCCCCUGGUUGUGCUACGAGGGGUAACUGGUUUUCUUGCAGAGAUGGCGUGCAGAUACUUGCAGGCGCACGUGACAGCUUCCACAGAGGCGCAGGCGUACAUGUUGACGCUGUUGGGGUCCACUCUGUUUCUGGACAAGAGCGGAGACAAGGUUCGAUCGGUGGUGAACCUCUUUUUGGAUCCCAUUGA